UAGAUGGGCUCGCGCGGCUCCUUGGACCUUCACUUACAGCUGAGGUCAGCCGGCAGAGCAGGGACACAUCGACAGCUAACUUCAGGAGCUCCAGAGAAUAGACUCAUGAUGGGGAUAUGAGAGUUUCCAAGUCAUGUAUAGACCACCACAAUGACACAUGAGACCCUCGCAAGUUCACAGCUGUCUGUCAAGGCUGCUGCUUUGCGCAUGGUCGACCUACCCCUCUCCUUCUACAACUCCCUGGCUCAGGUGAGUGUCAGCACAGGUACCAAGAAGCUUGUGGCUGCCACUACCUUUGGUGCCGUGUCACUCCUGUUCCUGGCCCGUCGCUUCCGUAGGAGGAAGGGCAAAAAGAGGAAUCCCCCUCCGCAGUGGGAGCAGGCCAACUUUGAGUUUUUCUCUAAAGCAACUGCAGAGAAUGAUAACGCCAGCCAACAAAACAUUACUCUAUCUCUCAACUCCAAGAAUGGGUACUCCACCGGUCUAGUUCUCACCACAGAAUCCUACAGAAAGCUGUCCCAGUCUCUGCAAAGUCUGACCUCAGUAAAAAGCAUGAACUCAUCCAGCAGCAGCACCUGUGCAAAUGAAUCCACCUGCUGGGACAGACCAGGAGACACUGACAUCUGUAGCAUUGUCAAUUUGCCUGUCACCACGCCAGAAAAUUUGUACCUGAUGGGUAUGGAUUUGUUCGAGGAGGCGUUGAGGCGGUGGGAGGAAGCGCUAACAUUCAGGAGCAGACAAGGUGAGGAUGACGCAAGUUGUGCCUCCAUCAAAACAGGAGCUGGAGACGCCAUCGCUGAGCAGAGCAUGGAGGAUGUCAUCAGCGCAGAGUUCAUCCACAGAUUGAAGUCUCUGCUUCAGCGGGCGUAUCACCUGCAGGAGGAGUUUGAGGGAGUGCUGGGUAUGUCAGAGCCAUCAGUCCACAACAAUAGUCAGGAGAGUUUGUCCAGAGACGAGCUGGACGAUGGCUGUCUGAGAGACAGCAUCAGCAUUGCCUCCACUGAUUCCUUUGUGUCUGCUGCUGAGCUAUCAGAGCACAGAGAGCUGAGGAGCAUCUUGGGUCAUCACCCUUUCUACGAGGAGGCACUGCAGAUGGCAGAGGAAGGCAAGAUCUCCUGCAGGGUUCUGCGAACUGAGAUGUUGGAGUGUCUCGGAGACGUAGAUUUCCUCGCCAAGUUGCACUGUGUGCGACAGGCAUGUCAGCUCAUUUUGUGUGAGAGGGCAACCAGGACAUUUCUGGCUGAUACUGGAAAGAAAACCCUGUCCUCCAUUAUUGUUAAAGCUCACAAGAGUCCAAAGAGAUUUGAAGAAGUGUUUGAAGAGAUGCUUUCGUUCCUGGAGCAUACGGAGCACUGGGAAAACACAGAGGUGGAGCUCGCCACACGAGGGGUGAAACAUUUGAACUUCUACGACAUAGUGCUGGAUUUCAUUCUGAUGGAUUCAUUCGAGGACCUGGAGAAUCCACCAAUCUCCAUCCAGAAUGUAAUCAACAACCGCUGGUUGAACAGCUCCUUUAAGGAAACUGCGGUGGCAUCCAGCUGUUGGUCAGUGCUGAAACAGAAGAGACAACACAUGAAGGUGUCUGAUGGCUUCAUUGCUCAUUUCUACACGGUGUGUGAACAGAUCAGCCCGGUCCUGGCCUGGGGCUUCCUUGGGCCAAAGAGUUCACUGCACGACUUCUGCUGCUUCUUCAAGGAUCAGGUGCUGUACUUUCUGAAGGACAUUUUCGAUCUGGAUAAGGUGCGUUACUGCUCAGUGGAGAGUCUGGCUGAAGACAUGCUCCACCUGCUGCACCGACGCUCUGAACUACUGCUGGCCUACCUGGGAGCAGACUCCCUGCGCCAUCUGAACAGCUGCAACUCCCCCCAGGUACAGCUGCUGCCCAAUGCCCUCCUCGAGGCUAGAGUACAGUAAGACGUCCAGUCACAUCCCGUCCAUUUAAGUCAUCAAACCCUCAGCAUUUGUUCUACGUUGCCUUCACACCAACUGUCGGACCAAAGAAAACUAUCCGUAGGUGUGAUUUAUUUUUUUGUUUUGCUAUGAUGGCUAUGGAAACAUUACCUGAGGUUCAACUUAGUUCAGGAACAUUAUUGUAAAACUAAAAUUAAUGACUGAUGUCCAAAAUUCACAUUUCCCAUCAUCUCCGAAUACACUGAACCAGCUGUUUGCCUUUUUUGGUGCAGCCGCCUCUUCCUCAACGUGCCAUGGUCUGUGCACAUCAAAUGAUCAUAGCAAUAAUAUUUAAAAAUGAAUUCAAAUGACAUGGAUUGUUGUUGUAGUUAGCACAUUGUACAAGCCCAGGCAUAUUUAUUGCAUUUCAGAGUAGUAUAUUUAUUUUAUUACACAAGUAAGUGAUGCAGGAUAUAUUUUUAGAAGUAGAUGGGCCUAUAUGCAGAAGGGAAUUGUGCUCAGUGUAAACAUACAGUAGAGCAGUGUGAAUAUCUGCUAUGAUAAACUUUAUAUACAUCCUACUAAACAUUAGCAAUGCAAAUGAUCUAUAUUAAAUGUGCUUUGUUUUGAUGUCAGCACAUUGUCCAGGGAAACCAUGGAAAAAAAGGGAAGUGUAAACAUGUUAAAGCAGUUCACCAGUAUUGUAUCAUCACUGAAAUGUUAGUGUUCGUCAUUUUUUAUGAUUGUACUUUUGGCUUCUGUAUAGGGAAACACCAUAUUUGUGCAAUGUUUAAAUAAAUGAAACCCUACAUCUGCAGCCAUCAUUAGUGGCAAAAAAAAAAAAAAAAAAAGUCAAACAACCUGCUGUCCAUGGAAGUUACCCCUGAAGCCUUAUCAAUGCACAUGUUCAAGCCUUGUCUGCAGUGAAUGUCAGUACUGUAAGAAAUGUUAACCUGUAACAUGUGAAAACUGCUUGUCUGCUCUGCUGAGACGUCACUGCCAUGUACACAAUAUGCACAUGAGCAAUACAUGUAAUAUGUCCCAGUGAUAGGACAAAGUCUAGUAUGGUAAUAUAAAUGCAGUCUGGAGUACAUUUCAUUAGGGAUGCACUAAUUUAAUACUAUGCAGUGGCACAGAUUCCAAAACUGGCACUAUUUAAGAAGUUGUGUAUUCACAACUAGUCCAUGCCAAUGAACAAAUAUUUAAUAAUUAAACAUUGUUUUGCCAACAAUGACAUUCAGAAGCACCCAGUUAAGUUUUGUGCCCCAGCAGAGACCUACAAAGAGCCUAUGUCUCUGAAGUGAGUCACAUGAGCAGAAUUCAGGCAUUACUUGUGGAAAGGAACUGCAUUAAAAAGGAGUUUUGGAUUUUUGCAUUUCUACAUUGUUGGAAUGACCCGUUUGUCCACAGAAAAGUGUUCAUUUUUGUGUAAAUUCAAGCAAAUAAAGAUUUAAGAUUCUUA